CAGACGCCGCUGCCGCCGCUGCUGCUGCUGCUGCUUCUGCUGCCACGCUCUCGCUUCGGUUCAGCCGCAGUUCGCUCAACUCACCACCCAGCUGGGAUUCGAACUGUAGUGGACCAAGGCCAAAAGACGAGAAUAUUCUCGCGAGACUAAACCCACCGCCCUCGCGGGACCCCCACUCACCCUCACCCACCCUUCCACGUUGCGGGGUGGACGAGACGAGAGACGAGAGACAGAGAGACCAAAGGCGAAAUAAAGUCGGCUGGCUGGAAAAAAAACCCCCACACAGACACGCGCGCGCACAAAGUAUUUCCGCAAACUCUAUGUCCGCCUCCCUACGUCAAAAUCAACUUGUGCACAGUCUUAUUUCACUCUCGACAAUGUUUAUUUGAAAAAAAAAGCGAAUACACUUUGCCAGGUGAUUUAUUUCAAUCGCCUCUAAAAGAGACACUUUUAAAACAGAAUAUAUAUUCUAUGUACAGCAAGUGCAAUUAGCAGUUCUGGAGGCUACACACCGAAACGUCGCAAUCGGAUGUCCCUUAAGCGGUCGCAACAUUUUCACCAAACCGGGACUGACUCGCCAUAACUUCGACAGAAGUACAAAGACCUGGGAUCGCUUCCAAUUGUAACUCUUGAGCGAAGGUGCCGUCGACCGAGAGAGGCAGUUUGCCAAAAGGGGCUCGAAAGCGAAAGGGCAUGGCGUGGCGGGUGGCCACGUGGGUCCGGGACACGGCCCACCGGGGCAUGGGUGGGAUGCAGAAUCCUCGGCGGCAGCGCGGCCUCGUGCUCUUCAUCGUGUGCGUGGCCCUGCUGCUCGACAAUAUGCUCUACAUGGUGAUCGUGCCCAUCAUCCCCGACUACGUUGAGGCCAUGCACCGGGACACGGAGAGGGCGGCGCUUGCGCAAGAGCAGAGGGCUCACCGGAGCCAGCACCGCCACGAGGUCACGACCGCCGUCGCCACCUACUCCGAGGAGGGGGAGGAGGGUGUGGGGGGCGUCUACAACUUCACCAGUGGCACGGCAACCACCGCGGCCGCCUUGGCCACCACCGUGGCCGCCACCGCGCACGUCGCCGACGACGACGCCGACGAAGACAUCCGCAUCGGCAUCCUCUUCGCCUCCAAGGCCAUCGUGCAGCUGCUGGUGAACCCCCUGACGGGCACGUUCAUCGAUCGCGUCGGCUACGACCUCCCGCUGCUCAUCGGCCUCUCCAUCAUCUUCCUCUCCACGGCCGUGUUCGCCUUCGGUGAGAGCUACGCAACGCUGUUCGCGGCGCGCUCCCUGCAGGGCCUGGGGUCCGCGUUCGCCGACACGGCGGCCAUCGCCAUGAUCGCGGACCGCUUUACCGAGGAAGCGGAGCGCAGCCGUGCGCUGGGCAUCGCGCUCGCCUUCAUCUCGUUCGGCAGUCUUGUGGCACCGCCCUUCGGCGGCACCCUGUACGAGUUCGUGGGCAAGCGGGUGCCCUUCCUGGUGCUCGCCUGUGUGUCGCUCUUCGACGGACUCCUGCUCAUGGUGGUGGCGAAGCCCUUCUCGAGCCGCUCGCGCGAGAACAUGCCCCAGGGCACGCCGAUCUACCGGCUCAUGAUGGACCCCUACAUCGUGGUGGUGGCGGGCGCGCUCACCAUGGCCAACAUCCCGCUGGCGUUCCUGGAGCCCACCAUAGCGUCGUGGAUGAAGAAGACCAUGGGCGCCAACGAGUGGCAGCGCGGCAUGACGUGGCUGCCCGCCUUCUUCCCGCACGUGCUCGGCGUCUACAUCACGGUGAAGCUGGCCGCCAAGUACCCGCAGCUGCAGUGGUUUUACGGGGGCCUGGGGCUCGUGAUCAUCGGCUCCAGCUCGUGCCUGGUGCCCGCGUGCCGGACCUUCGAGGAGCUCAUCGCCCCGCUCUGCGGCAUCUGCUUCGGCAUCGCCCUCGUGGACACGGCGCUGCUGCCCCUCCUCGCCUUCCUCGUCGACGUGCGCCACGCGUCCGUGUACGGCAGCGUGUACGCCAUCGCGGACAUCUCGUACUCGCUCGCCUACGCCAUGGGCCCCAUCGUGGCCGGGCAGAUCGUGCACACGAUGGGCUUCGUGCAGCUCAGCCUGGGCAUGGGUCUCACCAAUGUCCUCUACGCGCCAAUGCUCCUGCUGCUGCGCCACGUGUGCGCGCUGCGCCCGUCCGCCUCCUUCACCGAGCGCCGGGCGUUGCUGCCCGAGGACUCGUGCAAGGAGGCCUACGACAGCUUUGCCAUGGAGGAGCAGCAGCAGCAGGCGAGACAGCCGGAAGGAGGCGGAGGCGAGGGGCUGUCCCCACCCCGUCGCCUGGUGGACACCGAGGUCCACCUGACCGGACAGGCGCAGACGCGCACGCUGCCCUCCCCGUACCAGGCGUGGCCCGAAAGCGACGACUCUUUUGGUUUCGGUGUGGCCACCAAGAGGAGCCCUUAGCGAGCGGCGAAGUUCAACACCGAGCCGAUCGAUACGUGCGGCGCGCAGGGCACGCGUGUCGGGGGGAAAGGCCCUUGGUGUGGUGGAAGAUGACAAACGAGAAUAAGAAUAAUAACAGGCAGCAGAGGCAGUUGUGAUAAAAGUCAAAACUUCGAAUUGCGGUCGACUCUUGGUUUCACGGCGUUUCAUUCAGCCACACGUGUUAUCAACCGUAGGACGUGAUUUUUUUGGCUAAGACCCACGGGCGUGCCAACAUGGGACGAGUAACUGUGCCCUUUAUUAAAGAGGCCCUCUUGGGAAAUUGACCCCAUAAUUUCAAAAUCGUUCAUGCUAAGUUCUUUAAAGCAGUUUUAAAAUGUAGAUGUGUGGUGGGCUGAUAUAGUGGAACGCAUGCCGAAACCCACCCAAGCCUAUGCCUCACGCUCUACCCAUGUCUAUACACGUGCUUCCUUUGCCCCCACUCCGUUCUCUUGCACCAGGCCCGUAGCUGGCUAAGAUGGUGCAGGUGAGUGCUCUACUUACACAGGACGCCAACAUAUACUGACAAGCACUGUGACCGUGUGCAAUCUGGAUAUUUAGAGGGGGCACUAUACUCUAUUUAACGUCAGCCUGGGGUCUAACCCAUGGCUACAGGCCCGUCUUACAUGGUCAUCCCUUGACUCCACGUUGCCACCACCAGUCACGAUCAUGGUAAAGUUGGACCAAGGUGAGGCUGAGGCUUGUUUCUUCACUUCAGUUUUGUCUCGCCCGUCCUUAUCUGCACCCUCGCCCACUUACCCCUGAUGACCCACAAGAGUCUGACCCAGGGGGGAUGCAUAUACACUCGGUAGAAAUCCAGGCUACGGUGGGAGAUGAUAAUUUGCAAAGUAUGUAAAAGUGAUGCUAUUUUUUAACACAUUUUAACAUGAGGGUUUGUGAUUGGUUUUUUUACGUUAAUUUGAGUUUUAUUUGUCCUGUCGAUAAACCAACAUGGUUGACACCAAAUCCCGAUUUGCAGAUCGCAAACGUGAGUGACUAAUGGUUGGUGUGAGAUUGGCAAGUGGUGGCUUGAGAUUAUAGACAGGUAUGAGGAGAGGUAAAGAGAAGGGGGGGGGGGCGGGAAUGAUGUACGUAAUGAUGCAUCAAAUAAAAUUGACGCUUUGCGCUCAGAAUAAGUGCAUACAAUGUGUUACUUAUUGAAGCGAAUUAUUAACAAGAAAUGAUUGUUCAAUGUCAAAAAGUACCCAUCCUCAAAUUGCGUGAAAAUACAAGAUAAUCCGAGCUACCGCCGUACGUGACAGGUCUGAUUGACUUGUUCCAUUGUAACAGUUUCUUAGAACAGUCCUGUUGCCUGGGGUUGGCCUGUCAAGAUGUCAUGGGCAUUGCUUACCAACUUGUGAAAGUAAGUGGGCACUAGUACUGCUCCAGCCUGGCACAGAUCUGACCCCAUUACAACUAGUCGCCAUGGUGGCGAGAUGUUAACUAGCUCACCUGGUAAUACAGGAGGUCGUGGGUUCGAUCCCGACUGACGCCUGUAAAUUUGUAGUUUGCAUGCUCUCCCCGUGGUCGCGUGGAUUUUU